AUGGGAAACCACCAUUCUGUCUUGCCUGUCAUUCUCGAUUUGAGAAUUAAAGCUCGAGAACUCAAAAGGCAAAGUGACCGCUGCUACAGAGAAAGUCUGCAAGAGAGGGAGAAAAUUCGAAGAGCUUUGCUGCGGCAGAACCAGGAAGGCGCGAGAAUAUUUGCACAAAAUUAUGUAAGAAAGAAACAAGAAGGACUGAACUCCCUCCACAUGUCGUCCAAGCUGGAGGCCGUGGCUUCCCGCCUCGACGGCGCCCACCGUUCUCACCAGCUCACAACAAGAAUCCACUCUGUGGCCUCAGGGCUCUCGGGGGCUUUGAGAAAGCUCGACAGCUCUUCCUCUCUGCGUGAAAUUGAGCUUUUCUCGAAGCUGUUUGACGAUCUCGAUGUGAGAAGCGACUCUGUCUCAAGUCUACUCGACGCUUCGACUUCCAGCGCCGUCCCGGCACAGCAGGUCGACAAAGUGCUGACAGAAGUGGCGAGCACUUUUGGAAUUUCCCUGGAAGACCAGUUGGAGGGUUUCGAAGGUGUCGAUACACCUCAGAAGGAGCACUGCGAACGACAAAGAGCCAUGGGGGACAUUUCAGGUGUCUAUACACUGCAAGCAAACGCGCCAAAUCGCCUUUUGGGGAAAGGAAUUGAAGGCCGAAAAGAGCCUCGAGGGACCAAAGAGGUGGCGAGUGGCUGCUAA